CGUAAUUCAUCCCGACUGCUUUUCACAUCAGUUAACCAGCGCGAAGUCACGAAGAAAUGAAACAUGGCGGACUCGGAUGGGAGACAGGUUGACAGCAUCAACCACUCUACAGAGGAAGGUGUAAAGUUGCAAGAAAUUGUUCAAGCUAAGUGUGAAGGUAAGGAAUUGACCAGAGAAGAAAAGCAGCGUCUUAGGAAAGAGAAGAAGCAGCAUAAAAAGAAUAAAAAAGAUGACAGGGGUCCUCCAGAGAAGGAGAAAGAGAAAGAGAAAGCAUCUGUACCAGCUCCAUCAAAACCUGCCACACAGAGCCCAGCACAUAAAGCAGCUCCUGUGCCUGUAAAUGCAUCUGCAUCUGAAUCUCCUGUGGCUGCAGAGAAGCCUGCAAAGAGCAAAGCAGAGCAGCGAGCAGAGCGUCGGGCAAGGCAAGACACAGAACGGGCAUCAAAACAGGGCAAGAAAGAAGGGGGGCAGCUGUCUGCCUCCAGCAAGCCUAAAGCUACCCCCAAUGAGCUUCAACCAGUGAAAAGGUUACCAGAGCACAUUCAGGUGGAUGACCCUGCUGCAUUGAAGAAGUUGGCCAAAAAACUUGAGAGACAGCAGGUUCCUUUGAGGUCCGAUUAUGGUUACAAGGUCAGCCUGUUCUCACAUCUACACCAGUACAGCCGAAAAAACCCUCCCACCCAGCAAAUCAGCAUCCCUGCCACAGUUAUUCACCCAUCCAUUGUUCGGUUGGGCCUGCAGUACUCUCAGGGCAUUAUAGCAGGAUCCAAUGCUCGAUCUGUGGCCCUACUACAUGCCUUUAAACAGGUUAUUCGAGACUAUAGCACACCUCCAAAUGAGGAGUUGUCGAGGGACCUUGUGAACAAGCUGUCGCCCUAUAUCAGUUUUCUCAGCCAGUGUCGGCCCCUUUCAGCCAGCAUGGGCAAUGCCAUCAAGUACAUCAAGAAGGAAAUAUCAAAUAUACCCAGUCAGUGCAAAGAAGAAGAAGCGAAAAGGAGACUGCAGGAAUGCAUUGACAGUUACAUAAACGAGAAGAUCAUUUUGGCUUCUGAAGCCAUUUCUAAGUACGCUAUUGAGAAGAUAAGUGAUGGAGAUGUUAUUCUUGUUUAUGGCUGCUCUUCACUUGUCAACCACAUUCUGUGCGAAGCUUUUGAAAAGCAGAGGAAGUUCAGAGUCAUAGUUGUGGACAGUCGGCCCAGGCUGGAGGGCAAAGAGGCGCUGAGGCGUCUGGUGAAGAAAGGCAUCCGAUGUACUUACGUGCUUAUAUCUGCCUUGUCCUACAUUCUGCCUGAAGUAUCCAAGGUAUUUCUUGGUGCCCAUGCACUCCUUGCCAAUGGAUAUGUGAUGUCACGUGUGGGAACUUCCCAGAUUGCCCUGGUAGCAAAGGCCUUCAAUGUACCAGUGCUGGUCUGCUGUGAGACCUACAAGUUCUGUGAACGAGUGCAGACGGACUCUUUUGUAUCCAAUGAAUUAGAUGACCCUGAUGACCUGAUUGUUACCAGAAAUGGGAAGACCCACCUAGAGAACUGGCAGACUGUUAAAUCACUGGGGCUUCUGAACUUGGUGUAUGACGUGACGCCACCGGACUUUGUGGACCUUGUAAUCACUGACUUGGGCAUGAUCCCCUGCACCUCUGUGCCUGUGGUAUUGCGAGUCAAGAAUGUAGAUCAGUGAAGAGCAGACGAACACGGUUCUGCUUCCCUCUUGCAUCUGCACAUAAAAGAGUCUGUGCACAUGGGGCUUAAACAUAUCUAUGAAAAGGAACAAGCUUUUCAAAUAAAAACACUGUUUACAUCCUUACUGGUGGGAUCCAUUUAAUUUUUAAUUGUAUAACUGUUCCAAUUCCAUUUUCUAAAAAAAAAUGACGCAGUCCGGUUCAGUCCACCUAAUGAGAUUUUCUUUGGAAAAUUCUCAAAUUAGUACUUAGAGUUGUUUUACACAAGCUCAAGAAGGUCAGAUCCACGAAAUUCAAGAAAGUGUCUGUAAAGCAUGUGUGCUUUCAGUUUUGGCCCAUCAUGGUGGUCAGUGCAUAGACAUAAACAUAAGAAAAAUCAUCCUUUUUGGAUAGUUGCUCUUGCCGAAGUCCUUUCAUAGAUGUGAAAAAGGGAAAUAGAACAUGGUGCAAAUGUGUGUAAGACCAUGCAAAAGCUGACUAUGUUGCAUAA